AUGAGUUAUUUUGGAGGAGACAAGCUUGGUUUUGUGAAAAUUGCACUUAUUCCAUUAUAUGCUUGGUUUAAAGGGUAUGAGACAUUUGGUAAACUCAAUAUAAAGAAGGAUUAUCCCAAAUUCAUUGGAUGGACUAAGAGAUGUAUCAAGAUUGAGAGCAUUUCAAAGCCUAUUCCUGAUCAGGAUAAGAUCUAUCAGUUCAUUGUGGAGAUGAGGAAGAAGAUAAACAUUAAGUAG